AUGAUACAGGGCAAUUUAGAAACCCUUGUUUCCGCCUGUGCCGACGGUUCUCACGACAGCAAAAUCGUCUGUGAAACUUUAGCAACCGGCGAAAGUGACACCACCGGCAACGGCAAUGUCCACCGAGAAACCAGCAGAAGAAGAAAUCCCGGCGGAAUCGUUUUGGCUUUCCAAAGAUGCCGAGUUCGACUGGUUGAUCGCAACGCCUUUUACGAUCGGAACGAGUCGCACAAAGGCAAAUCGGUCCCCAACUCAACGAACCUCAACCCUAAUCCGAACUCAAACUCCGAUUCUCAGCGUUUUUCUUUGAGGAAUUCCAAAACCUCGAUCGUCGGCUUGCCUAAACCGCAGAAAACUUGUUUCGUUGAAACGAAGUACACUAAAAAUACUAGAUUGUUUCCCAAACGGUCCGGCUCUGUUAAAUCGAACCGACCGGUUGUUGAGCCUUCUUCUUCUAAGGUUUCAUGUAUGGGGAGAGUCCAAACCCAAUCGGAAAACGAGCGAAGCACAUGCAGUUGCAGCGGGGAAGAGGAGAUUGGGUCUCGUUUGCCGCCUAAAAUUAUGGAGAGUGAAGUGGUUGCUGAGCCGGUGAGUCUAGGUGGAAUGAAACGGUUCGCGUCCCGUAGGCGAUCAGAGCCGUUAAUCUAA